UCAUUGAGUUUUGCGAAGGAACCCGUUUGAGGGAUAAAGUGAUCACGGAAUCGCAGUCGAACCGACAGAUAAAGCGAUAACUACCGGUACCUACUAGUUGCUACACAGCAGUGGAACGAUUGUUCAUAUCACCAAGGACAAUUCCACCAAGGACAAUUCCAUCCCGAAUGGCGUGGAACGCUAAACUGUCCUUCAUUCUCGAAUUGAAAAAAAAUUUCGCCCUAUUAUUAUCAGCAUGUUAAUUCCUCCGCGUCGGUGGAUGUUACAAUAUACUUAAACCAAGCGAUUGCGAUUCAAGACCACAAUACAGGGAGCAUAGAAGAGGUUUGGAUUUUUGGGAAGAAAAGCUGCCCUCAUGGCGAAGCUUGAAGGCCGAUCACCAUUCGCAUUCGCAAGAUGUUGGCUAUGGAUUCUGUUGUUUUUCGCGGCGGACGUCGCAUAUGGGACACCACAACGGACAGAUGCACCAGCCGAAUCACUCCUGGCACCUCCAAGUCCAACUCCCGCGCCAUCAUGUACGAAUGACUGCUUGGUCUACCAGCCAAACUUGGUCGGUUAUAUAUGGCAGCGGUAUACGGUGAACACCACCAUAACAGCAGCAACUGUAAUCACCGUCAUCAAUUCUGUCGAUAAUUCCACGGAAAUAGUGACUGAGUACGCCGAACUUCCAGCCGGUUAUACCGCACCCGAAUGGAAUUCCGACGGCACCGUCAUCUCCACAGUCACCUGGGACAAUGGUCCUUUUGGGUUAACAAGCACUGUUCUCACUUACCCAACCAGAUAUACCGACUAUCCACUCGACUACACGUGGUCAGGUAGUUUGGUAUCGACGAGCAUCAACCCCAAGGAGACUAUCAGCGGGACCUUCCCAACCUAUGAGGCAUGCAUGACAAACACCGGAAACGCAGUCCCAUUCCAAUCUCAUCCACCUGUCGAGGACUUCAUUUUCCCGAAGACCGCAUACGAUUACCCCGUCGACUUUCCCGGCGAUGACAAUGAGAAGAACCGGGAUGGCACCUUAUUUGCCCUUGUUUCAGGUGUUGUGCACCCUGGAAAAACGCAAACAUAUGUCUAUCCCACCACCUGCCCACCCAUCGACCCCUCAGCUCCUCUUCGCACAUCGACGCCGGAAUCGGAAGAUAUCUGCGAGAGACUUGCGGUGGACAGCACCAUCGGCACUGGCCCCUCGUUCUGGGACAUCGCGUUCCCCGACGAACUCCCUUUCAAGGCCUGCGGAGUGGCCGCCCGCCUGCCGAUCGCCGUUCUCAACGGCGCACUGUUUCUGACUGUGUCACACACUCGGACGGAAUUGAACUUUGAUUUUGUUCAUCAGGAAUCUUCGAUGUCCUCACUCGAUGGUCCGAAGACGCCGUCGCCGAGUCCCGCUUCGUCCACUGCGGGCCUUGAAAAUGGCGAGGAUAGCAUCGUGCAGAAUAUGAGCAGGCAAAGCGGAGUGACACGAGCGACAGGGGUGAUUAUGGUUACUUCACAAGCAGCAGGAGAUUCUAGUUCACCACAGGCUACACAAGUACCAGCAGGAGGGGACGGAGGAAUGAAUUCAGUUGGUGGAGGAGGGGCAGGCGGAGAGGGAGAGAACGCAGGGGGGUCACUGAACGAUGGAUCCGGCUCACCAGCUACCAUCACUCUGGCCGAUGGUAUUCAAAUCACCGCGAACCCCGUGCCCGUCUCCACAAAUAUCAAUGGCGUCCCCACUGCCGCGACGGGCGUCAUCAUCGGCGACUCGACGUUCCUCCCCGGCCAAACCGCCACCGUCAGCGGCGUCCCCGUCGCCAUCUCCACCGCCAAUCCCUCCUCCAACAACGGCAACCCCAGUGGCUACCUCGCCAAUCCCGCCAACAACGACAACCCCAGCGGCACCCCCGCCAACCCUUCCGGAGACUCCUCCUCCACCAACGGAGUCGGCAUCCUCAUCAUCGCUAACCCCGACACCCCCUCCGCCACCACCGCGCUCAUCCCCGCCACCCUCCCUGGCCCAAAAACCACCCUCGCCAUCAACGGCGUCACCCUCACCGCGAUUCCCUCCGCCCUCGUCAUCAGCGGCACCAUCAUCUCCCCCGGCACGCCCAUCACCCUCCCUCCCUCCUCCCCCGGCGCCGGAGGGUCCUCAACUAUAGUCCUCUACACGACCGCCGCCGCGUCCGGUGCGACGGAGUCGCUUAUUGUGGUCAAUGGCGUGACUGCGACGGUGACGGGCGCGAGCGCGAGCGCGAGCGGGAGUGGCAGGUAUGAAUGGACGGGGUUGACGGUGCCGAGCGGUACUGGUGGUGGGAGCGGGAAAACGACGGGAACAGGGACGCCGAGUGGCACGGGGACGCCAAGUAGUGGUGGAAGGAAGGGUUGGGAGAGCGGGGCAUGGUGGACGCUGGCUGCGGUGAUGGGUGGGGUGGCGGUUGGGUUGUAAUGUCUGGGACUUCAGGCGAUCCCAUUUUCUGGUUAUAUGCAUUGUGUGUGGGGUCAAAGGCGGCGCUAUUGAUAUAUGAAUGAUUUACGAGCUUUGGUUUUUUGGGUACGGUGGGUGAAGUCUUGCUCUUUGCGGCUCUACGGGUUGGUAUUGGACAUGCGAG